AUGCUAGACGUAGCGUUCAUUGACGUCGAUUCUACGAGCAUCCAAGCUAUCCCUCUCGUCCUUUAUACCCGCAUAGACAACUGGGCAACGAUGCCCGGCCUUACAACAGCUCAGGUUAACGAGCUCUCAGCAACGAAUGUUGUGAUUCACCCUCUAGUCCUGCUCAGCGUUGUCGACCACGCUGCGCGUGUCCCGCUGCCCAACAAGAAGCGAGUCCUCGGCGUGCUUCUCGGUCAGGAUGACGGCAACACGAUCAACGUCGCGAACUCGUUCGCUGUGCCCUUCGAGGAGGAUGACAAGGACCCGAAGACGUUCUUCCUUGACCUCGACUACGUGGAGGAGAUGUGGCGGAUGUUCAGGAAGGUUAACGCGAAGGAGCGCCCGAUAGGCUUCUACCACACCGGACCGCGCCUGCGCUCGUCGGACCUCGAGAUCACGGAGCUGUUCAAGCGCUUCUGCCCGCGACCUGUGAUGGUGAUUGUUGACGUUCGUGCGCAUGGAGGACGCGGAGACACUGGCAUUCCGACCGACGCGUACUUUGCUGUUGAGGAGAUUCGUGAUGACGGAACGGCGACGCAGCGGACGUUCACGCACGUCCCGACGUCGAUCGAGGCUGAGGAGGCGGAGGAGAUCGGCGUCGAGCACCUGCUGCGCGACAUCUCAUCAUCGUCUGCGGCCGCGAGCUCUUCGCUGCUCACGACGCAGAGCCUGUCGAAUCGCGUGUCGGCGCAGCUCGACUCGCUUCGUGGCCUGCACGCCCGUCUGAAGGAGAUCUCGGAGUACCUGAACGACGUGCGCAAGGGCAAGAUGCCGGUCAACCACCAGAUCAUCUACCAGGUGCAGGAGAUUGUCGGCCUCCUUCCUCAGCUCGGAGGCGAUGUCGACCUCGGCAAGGCCUUCCGCGUCCAGGUCAACGACCAGAAUGUCAUGGUGUACCUCGGCCUGCUUAUCCGAACUGUCCAGGCGCUCCACGAUUUGAUUGACAACCGCAUCGCCAACGCGCAGCAGGAGAUCGACGACUCCAAGUCGGCCGAGGAGAAGAAGACGGAAGCUGCGGCCGAGGCCGCGGGCGUCAAGGCCGAGGACGUGAAGCGCGCCAAGCAGGAGAACGCCGACGACAAGGACGCCAAGAAGUAG